AUGAAUACAUUCAAACCACCAGCAAACCUCUCAAGAGUGCUUUCACAGCCUACUUUUUUUGAGAAAAUUACCAUUACCGAACAGCCUAGUUUGAUCAAUGGUAUACCUGAUGGUAUACUUGCCUUGAUUGUGCCAGUUGUUGCAUAUUGGUCCUAUUCGAUGUUUUUCCAUAUUAUUGAUGUUUACGAAUUAGCAGAACAAUAUAGAAUCCAUCCUUCAGAGGAAGAGAAAGCUAGAAAUAAAGUCACCUUAUAUGAAGUUAUUCGUGAUGUCAUUUUCCAACACAUUAUUCAAACUAUUGCUGGAUUUGCAGUUUAUUGCAUUGACCCAAUUCCUAAGACUGGAUAUGAAAUGUAUGCCAUGUGGAACUUGAAGUACAACCACUUGCCUAGUUUUGUUCCUGAUUGGGCUAUCUAUUACGGAUAUAUGUAUGGAUGGUCGAUCUUCCGUAUACUCAUAGCCUUCUGUAUUAUCGACACUUGGCAGUUUUGGUUACAUCGUAUUAUGCACAUCAACAAAGCCUUGUACAGAAGAUUCCAUUCCAGACAUCACAGAUUAUAUGUUCCAUAUGCCUGUGGGGCUUUGUACAAUGAUCCUGUCGAAGGUUUUCUUUUGGAUACUUUAGGGACUGGCAUUGCUUCCUUGGUCACAGGAUUAUCGCACCGUGAAUCUAUAUUUUUGUACACCUUUGCGACUUUGAAGACUGUUGAUGAUCAUUGUGGUUACAGAUUACCAUAUGAUAUAUUUCAAAUCAUAUUUCCAAACAAUUCAGUGUACCAUGAUAUUCAUCAUCAAAUGUGGGGGAUCAAAAAUAAUUUUUCUCAACCAUUCUUCACGUUCUGGGAUGUUUUGAACAAUACCCAGUACAAGUUUGUUAAUGAGUACAAGGAUUUGCAGAAGCAUAUCACAUUGACCAAGUACAAGGAAUUUUUGGCUAAGAAAUCCAGCUCGAAACUGAAAUCAAAACAGGAAUUAGAAAUUGAGGAAGAAGAAGAAAUUAUUGAUAAAGAAACUAAGAAAGAUAUUUAG